CGGACAGCGACGCCAGCACAGUCCAGACUCCGCGAGCGAAGAACUUUCGCUCGAGCGUCCUGCCGUAUCUGCUGCCGUUUAAUGCUUUCGUUAACGGCAGUUUGCUGGGUGAGGACGUGAACCGCUGGAGAAGACCGCGUGUCGCGGUACAUUUGGCCUCCUUUAGGGUUUGACUCCUGUUUCAACAAGAUAUUUUGAAACCGCGGAGCUGCAAGAAAACACCAUGGAUGUAUAAAGAGAACCCACCCACAGCAGUGACAGACCGCGGGAAAAUGUCGUUACUUCCUGUGCAAUGAAGUCUUGGCGCGACAUUACAGUUGUAAACAACAGGAGGACGCAAAACAAUACGGAAACAAGAACUCCUUAAGAAACUGAGCCACAGAGAAACUUGAGAUAAUGGAGCAUUGGAACAUUGAGACAGACAGUGCAUCUGGUUUCUUGGUACCUGAUGUCAAUGAAAAUUCUGUGGAUAUCUACGAUGGCCUGGACAUCGGUUCCACCAGUGAUGCAGAGAAAUCAUCUCCACAUGCUUCUCAGCUAAAAGAGUCGAUGGAUCUUUAUGAAGAAAUUAUCACAGAAGAACAGCAGAACAGAGAGUCAACAUACUCUGAGUUGAAGUCCAGAUUCCACGCAGCUCAGAACCAAAUUAAAGAGUUGCGCAGGAGACUGGAGCAAAUGGAGAUGCAGAAUACAGGACUGAACACUGAGAACUACCUUCUUAAAAAGAACAUCUCUGCACUUUUACGAACAGCUAGACAGGAGGUUACCAGAAAAGAUGCUGAGAUUCAGAGGUUGAACCAAAGGUCAGCGAAAGGGCUCCAUCAUCAUCAAUCUCAUAUUAAUAAUAUGCAGGAUAAAAAUUCCUCCAGUCGGAUCUCCACAGGUUGCUGCAAGAGUAGGCCACCUCCUCCACCUCCCUCCAGCCUUCCGCCUCCUCCUCCACCAUCCAGUCCUCCUCCACCUCUACCAGCCUCAACUCCAGGGGAGGAUCAUCCUCCAAAGGAUCCUCCUCAACCUUCUAGGAAAGACAGCGACAGUCCCACCUGUCAGCCCAGCGGAUCUUGCAUCAAGAUGAGAACUUCAAAAGCAUCGUCUCACGGUCAUUUAAAAAGUUUCUCAAGGAAAGAUUGUGAUGUACGUGACAAACCGACUGACCACUCUGGCAGCAAAUCCAGCAGCAGUUCAUUAACUCGACAUAGUGAGUCAGACAAACACAAGUCCAAGUGCAUAGAGGAAAAAUAUCAAAGUCAAAAACUAUCUGAAUCAACAGAUAGGAAACGUAAAUCUGGUUCAGAUCCCAACAAGGACGGUUAUGCCCCUGAGAAACACAAGUCUCACAAGGCAGACAAAGAAACAGGACGAAGAUAUGGAUCCAGGUCAUGUAAAAGCAGGAACUACCUAAAUGUUGACGGGCACCACAGAUCAGAGAAGGCUAAAAGCCCUCCACCAGAGAUUUUACAUAGUGCUGCUUCCUCUGAUGAUAAGAAAGGGAGAAGUCAAGAACGGAGACGAGAUAAAGCCAAAAUGUCCACGUCAGACUCAGAACAUAGUGCCGCACGCAGCUCUAAAGAGGGCCACAGCUCUAAAGAGGGCCACAGCCGAGAUCAUAGAAAAAGCAAGACUAGUGACAGUUAUAUCAGAAGUUCAGACUCAAAGGACUGGAAAAAGUCCUCUUCAAAUCAUGCUGAGCACUACUGUGAUUCCUCUAAAGAGAGGGAAGGGGAUAGACUUUCAAAGGAUUAUCAGAGGAAGGAGGAUAGACGGCGUAAAGAGGAACUCAGUAGAAAGCAUAAGAGGAGCACUCUAUCAAAGACAAGCAGAGAACGUGAGAAACGGGGAUCAAAAGAAUCGGAGCAGGGUAAAGCUGACGUCUGUAGUAAGGAAAAACAAGAACAGACACAAGAGGCCUUAAAAAGAUCAUCUGAAGAACCAAAUAUCACCAAGAAAAGCUUAGUGGAGGAAAAUAGUCCAAACAGGAAACUGUGUUUCAUGGAAACAUUGAAUCUAACCCUUUCACCAAUUAAGAAGCCAGUGCUGCCCAUCGAAGCAAGCAGGGAUAACCUCGAAACAGUGGACCAGGUAGUUGAAGACGAACCAGAUGAUGAGAGUUCACAGCCUAACGUUGAAGACAUGUGUGUGAUUGAUGAAGUAGACAGCAGUGAAUUAGAAGCAGGGUUGGAAGAUGUUGGAGAAGAUGUCCAGGAAAAGGACAUAAACCAGAGCGAAACUCCUGCAGCUGACAAGCAACUUGAAGACAAUUCAGUCCAAACAUCCUCAGCUCAUAGCCAAGCCCUAGAUACUGCAGAGAAUCCCGUGACUUUGCCUCUCACACCAAAAUCACCAAGGUGUACUUCUGUAAAAGCAGCAGGUGGGGACAUUUCAAAAAAUCAUGAGUAUAAAACCAAGCUGCCCUCAGACAGCCAGGUAGAUGAAUGUGGACCUCUGGAGGCUACAGAUGAUGUUGGUGACAUGCCCGGAAGCAUGUAUGAAGAACACUCGAGCAAUUCUUUACAAAAUGUCAACCCUGGAAAUAAUACGGAUCAAUCUGUUGCUGUUACCGAACCCGUUGUGCUUGAUUCAAGAGUAGAACUGAGGGGUAAAAGUACAGUACAGAAAGGCCUACCUGUGGAUUUCGUUGAAGACAGUGCAGCUGCUUCACCCUUAAGGGAAAAUCCUCCAGCUGAAGAUGUUCGCGACAAGACCGAUCCCAAGAGUCAGCAAUCUCAGCAAAUGUCCCUACCUCAGGACGGUCAGCAAAUGUCCCUACCUCAGGACGGUCAGCAAAGACUGGGUCCUCCUGCUUCCGCUUCCAUUCACCAGAAAGAUAGUUCUAUGCAAAGUGGCCCUAAAGAUGCAGAUGCUGUAUCCAGUACAAUAAGCCUGGAAUCGGUCCCACAAGAAGGGCUGAGUCUUCCUGAGGCUAUUUAUGUUUUAACACAGGCAAAUGAGGACGCCAGCGACAACAGAAGCAUCACAACUGAGCCAAGUUCUUCAACCGGCUGUAUCGCAGUGUCCAAAGUCAGCAGUACCACAGAGGAGACAGCGCUGCCAGAGAAGUACAGAGACCUCACUUUGACUCCUAAUAAGAGCUUCAGUCCUGCAAAGAUUCGGGAGAAUAAUGUUGAGCCUUCCAGUUCAAUGCCAUUACUCCACGAUGAGGACUCCAUGAUGCGCACACUGAGCAGUCUGAAGAAAAUCCCUGAUGCCAUAAGUCCUCUGAGGAGCCCAAUACGAAUCACCAAGAGAAGUCAUCUCUAUGUUCAUGGCAAGCCUGGUCAUGUCAAGAGCCUUCAAAAAGAUUUCUCCAGCACAGCUGUUGAUGCCAACUCAAAGAAGUUGGAUGUAAACAAAGAAAACAAAUAUCCAGGUUCCCCUGCAAACCAUGACAAGUAUAACUCGGUGGACAAGGUAAUCCUGCCUUCAAGUCUCUCUGACACUGAACUGGAGGAAGGGGAAAUUGUAAGCGAAAGUGAUGAGGCGGCUGCAGGAUCUCCUGUUCCUGCAACCAAGAGGGCAAAGUUGGCACGACCAGUCAGAAAUAAACAAAAUCCUAAGUCUGUGUUGAACAGGACAUCUGAAGAUAGGUGUGUUGCAUCAAAAGAAACAAAUGAAACGGCAGGUGUAUCUACACGAAGUCCAAAAAGUCGUUUUAAAACCGUUUGUCCUGCAGCAACUAAAGCUUCUUUUUCCACUAUAGAGGCAGUAAUGGAAACAUUCAAGUUGGUUCGUACCGAGAUCAGAAAAAAGUACAUGAAGCUUCAUAAAACCUUUCCCAAGAAGAGCUUUUAUGGUGUGAUGGACAAUUUCCAGGAGUCUUUUUUAGAAUUUGUGGAUGGUGCUAAUUUUGUUCAAAUAUGCAGUCAGGAAGAGGAGCUGAAAGCCAAGCUGAAGAAACUGAUUGCAUCUGUCUUUAGCAAAGUAUCAAAUAAUGGUAUUGUGAAACGGAUCUUUGAACAGCAAGCAGUUGAUCUAAAGCAAAAGUUGUGGGACUUUGUAGAUGUCCAAAUUGACUACUUGUUCAAGGAUAUUUACACAACACUAAAGAGCCUUUGCAAACCAGAAAGAGCUCAGGCCGAGGACAAGAGGCCCAGUGGAAAUGAGAAAGUAUCUAAGCAGCCUCCUGCAAAGAAGUCACAAUGUCAACAAAAGGUAGCACCGUCGGCUCCGACCAGCCUCAAUCGAAUAAAGCCUUGUGCUGCUGCACCUUACAAAACAGGCCUUGGAAGUAGAGGCAAAGAUAUCAGAAUCACACAUGAGAGGAGUGUUGAGCCUCAUCCAGCAAACUGCCUGAAUACACACACUGUGGUCAACUUCCUUCCUCCUCAAAAUAUUCCUUCAACUCCAGAGAAAAAUAACAUGUCUUCUUUGGUUGUCUCUCAAAAUGGCUCUUUGCUUGACAAAACUGACUUUGAGCUACUCACAGAACAGCAAGCCUCCAGUUUAACAUUCAACCUGGUGAGAGAUUCUCAAAUGGGAGAAAUCUUCAAGUGUCUCCUUCAAGGGUCCGACUUACUAGAAACCAGUGGCAUCACCGGCGACAAUACUACCUGGUCCCUCAGUACACCAAGGAAGGAUGGAGAGAGACGCAUCAGCAUCACCACGCCGACUAAAUUUGACUCUCCAUCUAAACUGCUUUCUCAGACAAAAUUUGACACUCCAUCCAAACUUAUCGCUACAUGGUCUAGUAUUUCACCUCGCAAGAUGUCGUCUCCACGAUCCAAAGAUAAGAUCCCACUGAAUCCCGCCUUAUUUGAUGAAAGUUGCUUGUUAGAGGUGCCAUCAGAUAACCGAGCAAUGCUGCAGUCCAGCUUGCCCUCACAGAGAACAUAUUCCAUUCUAGCUGAAGAUCUGGCAGUCUCGCUCACCAUUCCAUCACCCCUCAAGUCCGACAGCCACCUCAGCUUCCUACAGUCAUCGAGCAUGCACGUCAUGUCCACUCCAGACAGUGUCAUCAGCGCUCACAUAAGUGAGGAUGCGCUGCUGGACGGGGAAGACGCUACAGAACAGGAUAUUCAUCUGGCCCUUGACACCGAUAACUCCAGCUGCAGCUCCAGCAGCAGCGUGGUUUCGGAAGCAACACCUUUUGUGUUCAAGACCGACCUGCCCAUGCAGGCGCUAGUGAUGGAGAAAUCCAACGACCAUUUCAUUGUGAAGAUUCGUCAGGCAGCCGCUGGCGCAGAUACCACGCUCACUGCUGAUGACAGCUUAAGUCAAACACUAACGGAGGAAGAUCAACAACAUAGAGAAGAUGAUGCGGCGAUUCAAGAAAAUCCAGCAAAAGAUGUUCUGUCAGACAAAUCGAAGAAGGUACCACCAGAGAACAACCUGUCUAACCUUGUUGAAAGCUCCGGGGUCUGUCAGGCGGACAUCGAGUCAGAUAUCUCUCGAGAUAAGAGCUUAACACUAACAAAAGAUCCAUCCCACAACAAAGAUAAGUCCACUCAACAAAAUACCUCAACGGUUUGUUUUUCUGAAGAUUCAAAGAAACCAUCGGUGUCUCUGAAAAAUCUGCCUAAAACUACUCCUCCAGAUCAUCACGAGACUCACAGCUCAUCAGAUCAUUUCUUUGGGCAGAUCAGCCAGGUAACCAGCAGAGAAGGUAUUACAGUCACUGCUGAUGAGAACGCAGGUCAAACACGACAUAGAGAAGACAUGACAACUCCCCCAAAAGCUCUUGUGUCUGCGUCAGCUAACAGGAACAAAGUGUUAGCAUCACAUGCUUCAGACUCAGAGAGAGAUGAAAUGGAGGUGUCAGAGUCAGAGACAAGUCUCACAAUUGCAGAAGACACAAGCAGCACAUCAGACAAAGACCAAAGGGAAUGUGGCAAAGGCAGGAAACGGAACAAGCACCAGGAGGAGUCUAGAGCCAAGCGUUCCAGGAGAGAGGAAGAGGAGAGCACGGAAGAGAUGUCCAAUGGCAAGCAAGACCAUUGUGAAUCUAAAUCCUCCCCCACAUCUCUAUCCCCCAACAGUCUCUAUGCCAAGAAUGUAAUCAGGAAGAAGGGUGAGGUGGUGAUGUCAUGGACCAGAGAUGAAGAUCGAGCUAUUCUGAUUGACCUGAAGACAAAAGGGGCUUCACGUGAGACUUUUUCUGCCUUGUCAGAGAAACUUAAUAAGCCAUCAGGGCAGAUUGCUCACAGAUUUUACCAGCUCAUGAAGCUUUUUAAGAAGCAGGAGAAAAUGGACACCUGAUCCCUCUGACUGUGCGUGCUCUGAUUUAUGCAUAUAGUUGUUGUAUUCGAACAACACACACAUACUGUGGCCCCAUCACAGAUAUGUAGGCUCCGUCUUCGCGGAUCACAGGAUCGAUCCCCACAUAGACUGCUCUUCGCAUCAAGAUCUGGAGCUCUGCAUACUCCCAUCAUCAGCCGAGUACAAAUAUGGACAGCAGUUUUAGCCAAACUUUGUUUCCCAAAGGAAGGUCAAAACUUCAGUCGCUUGAAGGUGUUCCUGUGUGGUGGUUUUCCACACAGCAACAGUAUCAACAAUAAUGACUCGUCUUCAGCACAACUGACGAGACAGAUUGAUGUGAACGCUGAAACAGUGUUAGUUUUGGAUGCACUUUUUGGUUUUUAGCACUCCACACCACAGCCACUACUGCAGUAUCUGUGCUGGAUGCUGAUGUCUGGUCCUCACAGAAGUAUAUGACUUUGUCCUCAGUGCACUAUCUGUACGUGCUUUCCUUUCUCAGUAUUUGCAGAUAUGAUACAUUGCAAAAAUGUUAGUGCCAACAAGGUCAUGUUACGUCUGGUCCUAAACGUGUUUUUCUCAAAGCAUUUGGAUAAACUGCCUUUGGACUAGGAUGAUUCCACGUUCCAGUAUGCUCAGUCCUAAAUUAAGUGACUGUUUAGUUCCUAAAAUUAGUGGACGCUCACUGGAGACAACUUGAAGCACCACCCAUCGGUAGACCUUGAGCUAUGGGACUAAUUGGACCGUUUUAUUAUCAUUUUUUUAUGUGAUAUUUUGGAUCUCAUUUUAAUGGAUGUAUUUGUGGGGUCGUGCUUGAUAUGUUUGAAGGUUGUUGAAAUGUUUACAUGUCCAAUUAAUGUACAGGACAGGACGUUUAUCUCUGUUAAUACAAAUUAAACCUUUUAUCUGUGGGCCUGACUGGCUUUUAGUUUGGCUCAUCCUAUUGCUCAUUAACAGCAUGGAAUGCAAUAUUGUGAAUAUUGUGUGUAAUUCUUUACUGAAAAUAAAGUUUUAUUUAUUUA